CGCUUUGACGGCUGAGACUGAAAGUUCCUGGUUUGCACAUGAACGCGUCACGAUACGAUGCGCGGUUCCUUUAAACAUCAAGCCCCGCCUAUUUGUGAUGAGCCGCGUCAUCACAAAUCUCAAACAAACAUGGCGCCGCGCUGCUCCUGCACGGCUCUGCUGGCAGUUUCCCUGACGGUUUUGGCGCUUUUAGCGGGACUUUUGGCGCCACACUCGGCUGUGAGGUGGCCCGCGGUGUCUCUGGCGGUCGCUGCCGCGCUGCUGCCGCUGUGGGGCCGCAGCCUACGGCGGCGGGACGACGGGACCUCCCGGCGGGUCUGCGUGCUGGUGCUGGGGGACAUCGGGCGCAGUCCUCGGAUGCAGUAUCACGCUUUAUCCCUGAGUAAACACGGGUACCAUGUGACCUUCGUGGGGUUUUCAGAAACCAAACCUCAUCAAGACGUGCUGAGCGAGGAGAAAAUCACCAUAGUGCCCAUCGCAGAGCUGAAAGGUGUCCGAGUCGGACCGAAAGUGGUCUCGUAUGUGACGAAGGUGACUGUUCAGUCCCUGCAGCUGCUCCGUGUCCUGCUGACGAUGGAGCUGCAGGCGCAUGUUCUGAUGCAGAAUCCUCCUGGGCUGCCCAGCAUCGCAGUGACCUGGUUCGUGUGUUUGCUGCGUGGCAGCAGAUUCAUCAUCGACUGGCACAACUACGGCUACACCAUCAUGGCGCUGAGCCACGGCCCGGCACACCCCAUAGUCCGACUGGCAAAGUGGUACGAGCGCUUCUUUGGCCCUCUGGCGUCUCACAACUUGUGCGUCACCAACGCCAUGAAGGACGACUUGCAGAAAAACUGGGGCAUCAAGGCGACGACUCUGUACGACCGGCCGGCCUCCAUCUUCAGAGAGACUCCGCUGAAGCUGCAGCACGAGCUCUUCGUGAGGCUCGCCGCCGUUUAUCCUCAGUUCAGACACGCGGGGUCUGAGGCGGAGAGGACCAUCUUCUCAGUUCGUGACCCCGCUGACGGCACCGUGACCCUGAGGGCGGAGCGACCAGCGCUGCUGCUCAGCAGCACCAGCUGGACAGAGGACGAAGAUUUCUCCAUCCUGCUGACGGCCCUCGAAGAGUACGAAGGUUUCAUUAGGGGAGGAGCUUCCUUACCACCUUUACUCUGCGUGAUCACAGGUAGUCCAGCUCGCUGCUUACAGAUUAGAAGAUUUUCCUUUAUUCAGAACAUGUUUCCACUCUGUGUGUUUUUGUGCGUUUGUGCAGGUAAGGGUCCUCAGAAGGAACACUACAUGAAGCUCAUAGACUCCCUGCACCUGGAGCACGUGGAGAUCUGCACCCCCUGGUUGGAGGCAGAAGAUUACCCUCUGCUUUUAGGCUCAGCAGACCUGGGUGUUUGUCUCCACAAGUCGUCCAGCGGUCUGGAUCUGCCCAUGAAGGUGGUGGACAUGUUCGGCUGCUGCCUCCCCGUCUGUGCCGUCCACUUCAACUGCUUGGAUGAGCUGGUGAAGCACGAGGAGAACGGGCUGAUCUUCAAAGACUCUGCAGAGCUCGCCGAGCAGCUGAAGACUCUCCUGUCAGACUUUCCCAGUUCAGACGGCAAACUGGGAACCUUCAGGAGGAACCUCCGCUCCAGCAGGGGGCAGCGCUGGGAUGACAACUGGGACCAGAACAUCCUGCCUCUAAUCACUGCUCUGAGAUAACCUUGG